AUGAUGUUGAGAGAAUAUGUCGCUGCGAAUCCAGGAAAUAAAGCGAUGAAUCAUCACUGGACGACGAUUUUCAACCUCUGUUCUCCUUGUGCCAUCAAAUACGAGCUGAUAACUCACCUUGAAAACAGCAAAGAAGAGAUCCCGAAGAUUCUAGAGCUUAUCAAUCUCAGCGAGCUCGAAAUAGGAGGGCAGUACUCGUUAGAAGAAGGAAAAGAAGGAGCGAACGGUGCUGGAAAAGAUCAUGAAAGACGACAAGAUGAGCUUCAUUGGAGCAAGAUCCCAAGAAAAACGGUUGAAGAACUGUACCGACAUUUUUAUCUCGACUUCGUGAUUUUUGGAUAUUCCACAGAAGAUGUGGCAAAGUACAUCAAUGCAGCUGAUGAAUCACAAUCAAGACCGUCAAAAGACGCCAUUUCCAAGUCUCGACUGAUCCUCAAGAAUAUGACUACAAACUACGAAAAACAUUUCACAGAUGAUAUUUGCUAA